AUGGAAUCCUAUAUAAGGGAAAGUAAAAAGCUUACCCUUAAAAGUAAUAAGGGGAAGAAGCUACUAAGAUAUUUAGAUAUAUCUUUAAAUAAUAAAUCAUUACAUGAUAGUCAUAUAUUAGAACUAGUAAAAAUAUUGAAGAAGAUAAUAAAGAUAGUAUAUAAUACAUACUAUUGUUUAAAUAUUGAUUUAAGUGAAAAUUAUAUAACAUGUAUAGGAUUAAAAACAUUGUUAAAAUAUAUAUUAAAUUAUAAUGAGAAUAUAGGAGUAAAUAUAUUAAAAUUAUAUAAAAAUAGUAUAAAAGAUGAUGGGGCAUUAUUAAUUAAGCAGCUUGUAUAUAUACAGAAAAUUCCCAUGGAAGAGUUACAUUUAUCACAUAAUUUAAUACAAGACAAUGCAUGCAAAGAAUUAUUAUUAAGUUUUGUUCAGGCAAAAAAGGAUAGUACAUAUGUAUAUCCAAGAUAUGAUAAAUACCAGAAUCCAUAUAAGCAUGCUCAAAUCCCUGUAUGGAUACGUUUAGAAUAUAAUUGUAUUCAUAAUCCUAAAGAUAUAUUAAAAGAAGUAGAAGAUUGUGCAAAGAAAAAAAGAGGUUACAAAAGUAAUUUAAUUGUAUGCUCAGCUUUAAAGAGUGAUAAACGAUGUUGUCCAUACAAAUGCUUAAAUGCAUCUAUUCGUAAUACGCCCAUUAUGCAUGUGUAUAUGUUUAUUCAUCAAAAAGAAAAUAUUGUGAACGGUAAAAUGAAAGAAGAGAAAAAUGAUUUCGUUUCUCUGGAAGGUGUCCUAGAUAAAAAUGAAAAGAGCAACUUGAAUAAUGAUAAGAAUGCUGAUGAGAAUAUGAUAAAAUUGGAUAGCAGUAAAUUAGGAAAUAAGAAUAAAUUUAAGAAUGAAAAUGAUGAAUUUGAAGAAGAAAUAGAUGUUGACGAUGUUGACGAUGUUGACGAUGUUGACGAAGUUGACGAUGAUGAGGAUGAUGAAGAUGAUGAAGAUGAUGAUGAGGAUGACGAAGAUGAUGAUGAGGAUGACGAUGAUGAUGAUGAAGAUGACGAUGACGAUGAUGAUGAUGAAGAUGACUAUGAUGAUGAUGAAUAUGACGACGAUGAUGACGAUGAUGAAGAUGAUGAUGACGAUGAUGAUGAGAAUUACAAUUUGAAAGAUAAAAAUAAUUUGAAAGGUUUUGAAAAUAAUAAGAGGAUAAAAGGUAACAAAAAAGGUUCUGAGAAACCAUUUGUUGUUAAUAAAGAAAUGGUUGUUGAUAAUAAGAAUAAGAAUAUAAAUAAUGAGGAGGAUGAAAAAAAUAUUGAUAAAAAGAAAAGUAUGAAUAAGAAAAAGAGGAAGAAGAAGAAGAAGCGUGUUAAUAAUUACAACAAUAAUAAUAACAACAUCAAUAAUAAUAAUAAUAAUAAUAAUAAUAAUAAUAAUAGUAAUAAUAAUAGUAAUAAUAAGAAGAAAAGUAAUUUGCUUAAAGAUAAGAAGAAUAGUAAUACCAGUACAUGUAAUAAAUUUAUGAAUAAUACUCAUAAUUUAAAUAAAAGUUUUAGUAAUGUAGCCUCUGAUAUGUAUAAUAAGGAUACAAAUAUGAGUUCAUUAAAUACAAGUGAGAAUACUUUACCUUUAUAUAUAAUAUUGGAUUGUUCUGCAGUAUUAGAUAUGAAAGAAUUAUGGAAGGAUAAGUCGAUUUUACCAUUUAGUUUUCCAGGUUUAUUAUAUUUAUAUAAUAAUAAAUUAUUGAAGGCUAAUACGAUUGGUAAUGGUAACAUUAGUACUAAUAAUAUUAAUAUGAAUAGUAAUAAUAAUAAUAAUAACAGUAGUAGUAGUAAUAAUAAUAAUAGUAGUUGUAGUAAUAAUAAUAAUAAAAUGGGGAACGAUAAUUUCAUAUGCCUUAUGUGUAGUUAUGUUGCAAACGAAUUGAAAAUCGUUUGUCAAAAGAGCGAGAUAAUAAGACAAAAGAUGAUUAACUUGAAAUUAAAUAUUUGGGAUAAACUUUCUGAAUUAGGAAUUAUUGAAUUUUUAAGUGUGCCUAAAGAUUUUAAAGAAAAUAAAAAGAACUUUUUAAAUUCUUCUUUUUUAACAGAUGAACAGAUAAAGCUAGCUAAUGAGUAUUAUGAUAUAUCAUAUGAAACCCUACAGAUGAUACAAUUUUCUAUUGUAUGGUCUACAUAUAUUUUUAAAAUUAGUAAUAAAGAGAUUGUUAUAGAAAAUAAUAAGAAAGAAAUAAAUAAGUCCGAUAUGAAGAAAAGUAAAAAGACGAUUUUUACAGAGGUUUUGUAUUUAACAUCUUCUUCGAAUAUUUAUUCUUUUUUCGAAUAUUUAUAUGAACAAGAUAUUAAUUUUAUAUUACCAUUAUGUGUAACCGUUAAUCAAAUUAAUAAAUAUAUACAAGAUGAGCAUAGUUAUAUUAUAGAUAUAUUGAUGAAUAAUGCUAAACCGGAUAAAUAUGGUAAAUUACAAUUUAAUAAAUCAUUCUUUCAACAAUUUAUAAAAGAAAAAUAUUCAAAGUAUUUGUAUAAUAAUACAAAGGAAGAAAUAUUAAAUGAUAAGAAGAAACAAAGUAAAAGCACUACUAUAUGUAACACCAAACCGUUGUCAUGUGAUAUGUUAGAACAAGUGAAUGAAGAAGAACACAUAUUUAAUACCAUUAAGAAUAAGGAUGGUGUAUUAACCUCCCAAAAUAAUUUACAUAAUAAUAAUGGAAGUGAAUAUUUGAUUCAUGGCAUGGGAACAAUGCGGAUAUCAGAUGAUAUGUUGAAUAAUUCGAAUGACAUAAAGAAGAAUAAUAAUAAUAAUAAUAAUAAUAAUAAAUUUUCAUCAGUACAACAAAUGGUUGAUAAUAAAUCUGUAGCUCAAUCGAUUCUUUCACAUAAUAAUAAUAAUAAUAAUAAUGUGAACAGUAUUAAUAAUAAUAACAAUAGUUACGAUAUUUAUGAUAUUAUAUCUGUAAAAUCCUUUUCAAAUGACAAUGUAAACAACAUGUGCAGUGUUGAUAAAAUGAUGAACGUUCAUAAUAAUAUUGUAUCAUCAAAGAAUACGAAAGAAGAUGAAUUGUUAAAAGAACAUAAUUUAUAUUUAAAGAAAGGUAGUGAAGUUGUUCCUAAUAAUCAAUAUUAUAAUCUAGGCGAAUAUAAUAAAUUAAAUUUACAAAUGUUAAAUGUCACAGAUUUAGAUAUAUUAGAAAAGCGAACCGAUAUAAAUGAUAUAUUUAACAAUAGUUUGUCAGAAACAAAUAAAAGUGCAAAUAACACCACCACCAAUAAUAAUAAUAAUAAUAAUAAUAUUCAUAGUAAUAAUAUUCAUAAUAAUAUUCAUAAUAUCCAUAAUAAUGGAGCCAUACGAACCAAUUCUGUAUCUGCCGAAAAUCAUCUUAUUCUUGAUAAUAGAAAUAAUAAGAAAAAAACGGACAUGUUGGAAAAUAUGAUAUAUUGUUCAACUAUUGAAAGUAAGUUAAUGGGUUUGAAUAAAAAUAAAAUGGAAGGGAACCUUGAUAUGAAUAAUGAUAAUAUAAACAAUGAUAAUAUAAACAAUGAUAAUAUAAACAAUGAUAAUGUAAACAACGAUCAUUUAAACAGUGUGGUAAGGGGACAUACGGUGGAUUGUGAACUUACCACAGAAGACGCUGUUGCACAAAAGAAAGGAGCAAGUAAAGAUAAAUCAGGAACGCCAUCUGAUAACAAAGUUAGUAUAUAUGAAUUGUUAAUAAAUGCAUUUAAUGGUAAGAAAAAAAAUGUCACAAAAAAUGUAAAUGAAAAAAAUAAAAAUGCAGAGAACGAUGAAGGUGUAGGACUAAGAAGUGAUGCAAAUCGCAAUAUGAACAAUACGAAUAACGUGGACAAUACGAAUAACUUGGACAAUACGAAUAACUUGGACAAUACAAACAACGUGGACAAUACGAAUAACGUGGACAAUACGAACAACGUGGACAAUACAAACAACGUGGACAAUACAAACAACGUGGACAAUACGAACAACAUGAACAGGGAUGAUAAAGACCAAUCUAUACUUAUGUCACAGAUCAAAUUGAAGAACGACCAUCGAAGUGAAGAAGAGCAACUUCAUCUGAAAGGUAAAACAAAUCAUAAGGAUAGUAUAAUAAAUGAAAAAAGGAAAAGCAUGAUGGAAAAGAAAAGCAUUAGUCUCCAUAAAAAUGUUAGUAAUAAUGAUAAUCUUGCCUUUUUGAACAACCAACAAGAUGAUAAUAUAAACCACGCAAACCAUACAAGAAGUACCAUACAAAAAAUGAGUGUGUUUCAUAACAACAACAUGAGUAAUAUUCCAUCAGGUUGUGCAAUGCAGAAUGAUGAAGACAAUAUGGUUCUUCUUGGUAACGAGAAUAUGCUUUUUAAAAAAGGUGGUAGCAUAAUGAAUUUUGGAGAUGUUGAUAAUAAUACAAUUUGUGCAAUGAAUAAAAAUGAGAGAAGGUUAACAAAUAAUAUGAAGGUUGGUCCUAACAUUAUUGCUGAUAAUAAGGAUGAGGAGCUUGUGAAUGUGGAAAAAUUAAAUAAUGGAGAAUUAGUAUAUAUUGGUAAGAACAUAUGUUCAGAACAAUUAAUAAAUCAACGUAAAGUUGUUGAAUGGAAACUUUCAUUUGAAAAUCACAAAGUGGAUAUAGUGAAUACUUCUAUGUUAUUAGAGGAGUUGAUAUUGAAUCCGACAGUAUGUAAAUAUGUACCAGGUGAAUUAUAUAAUAAAAUAUUAAAAUGUUAUGAAAAGUUAGAUUUUAUGAUAACAAAUUUGAAUAAUAUAAAUGAGGAAAUGGAAACUAUGAAAAAUGUAUAUAACACAGAAAGUAAUAAUAAUAAUAAUAAUAAUAAUAAUAAUGAACAUGGUGAUAAUAAUAUUGACAAUAUUGUUAAUAAAAAUGUUAGGACAAGUUUAUUAAAAAACGAUUAUAUGAAGACAGCACCAACCGAAAGAAAUAAUAGUAUAAACCAUUCAAUGAAUGAAAAUGAUGUCAGUAUGAUGUAUGAUGAUUUUAAAAAUUAUUGGGACUCACCUCUUGGGAAAAAUAAUAGCAUAAAUAAUAUGAUGAUGAUGAUGAAUAAUAGUAUAAAUAAUAUUAACAGAGGUUCUAAUUCGAUGAAUCUAUCAGCAAGCGAAUUAAUGAAAAGCAUAUCUAACGGUAUACAUUUGAAUCAAAAAAUGAAUACUUUGACAUCUUCCUUGCCUCAUGACUUUUUGUUGAAUAAUAACAUGUUGGGUUCUAUAACCAAUAAUAAUAAUAAUAACAGCAAUAAUAAUAACAGCAAUAAUAAUAACAGCAGUAAUAAUAACAGCAAUAAUAAUAACAGCAGUAAUAAUAACAGCAGUAAUAAUAACAACAGUAAUAAUAAUAACAAUAAUAAUAAUAUAAAUUUGGGUAUGACUACUCCUUUGAACAAUGCAAAUAUAAUACAGAACCAUUUAAAUAAUUCCAUGUUAAAAAAUAAUAUGGUUAAUAAAAAUUCCGCACAUAAUUUGUCUAGUCACUUAAAUAACAACAACAAAAUAUCUAAGAAGAAGUCGACCCUUUCUACGUACAACAAUAAUAUGAAUGAAAGUAAUAAUAGUAUGAAUUUAAAUAUGAAUAUGAAUUCGACAAAUAAUUUGAAUAGUUCUAGUGUGAUGAUGAUGUUGAUGAAUAAUGCUCAGAAUAAUUCUGUGGGUUCAAAUGAAUUAAAUUUUAACAAUAAUAAGAAUAAUUCGAUACAGAAGAAAUAUAUUAAUAAUAAUAAUAAUAAUAAUAAUAGUAAUAAUAGUAAUAAUAGUAAUAGUAAUAAUAAUGAUAUGACGCUGUUAUUGAAUAACAUGAAUGAUGUAAGGAUCAGUCCAAACGUUUUAUUAAAUAAUAAUAAUUUAUUUUUUCAAGGUAAUAGUUAUAAGAAGGAUGAAUCAAAUACUGGGAAUAAAAUGAGCAAGGAUAUGAAUCUUAUUAAUAAUGCGCACACGAAUGUUGAAAUGAUGAAAAAUGAUAACAUGAACAAUAAUAACAGCAGUAAUAAUAAUUUUGUUGUAGGUAGAGAUUUGAAGGAUAUAAAAACUCUUAAUAAAAUAUUAUUGUUAAAUAAUAGCAAUUUGAAUAGUAUAAAGGGAGUAAGUUUAAAUGAAAAACAAUUAUUAAAUUAUAUUAAUCAUAAUAAUCAUAAUAAUAAUAAUAAUAGUAGUAGUAGUAAUAAUAGUAUGAGCGGAAUGCCAUCCGUGAAUUCUAAUAUUGAUGCAAGUCUUCUAACCCUUCUAAGCAUGACAAAAAAUAAUAACAACAACAACAAUAAUAAUAAUAAUAAUAAUAAUAAUUAUAUUAAUAAUAUUGGUUCGGGAAUUAGUUGCACUGGCAUUAGUAAUAAAAACCUUAUGAUAAAUAAUCAGAAUGCAAAAAAUAAUAACCAUAACAAUAAUAAUAAUGAUAAAUUCAAAGGAGGAAACCCUUUUAAUGAUUUUAAUGGAAUGGUUACUUCUAAUAAUAUUAAAAAAAUCUUAAACAAUGAAAAUAAUAAUAAUAAUAAUAAUUUAUAUAUGAUGAAUAAUAAUAAAAUACCCAUAAAUGAUAUUAAUGUCCAAUAUGUAGAAGCAUUAAACAGUCAAUUCAAUUUCUUAUCAAGAGAUAGUAGAAAAAUAGACACGGAAAAUAACGCAAUUAACAUAUUAAACUUUUCGAACGAUCUAGAAAAAAAAUCUAAUAAUACCAUGGUAGAUAUAUGUGAAAAGACCAACAACAAAAAGAUAUAA